CACCACUUAUUCCCCCUUGUGUUACGACACUACACUCAUAUUCAUGCUCUCUCUCACUCCGUUAUUUUCUACCUUCUCCAUUUCCCAUUAGCCUCAAUUUAAUUUCCUUCCUUCAUUUCUUCUCCAGCUCUCAAUCUCUGAGGAGAAAAUGGCGUCGAACGGGAACGGCGAGUUCACCUUUGCGAAUGGAAACGGGACGGCAGCGGUGGCAAACGGCAACGGAGCGGCGAGAAACGGGCUGGCGAAGAUCCAGACGCAGAAGAAGGGCAAUGGGAUGUGUCACGACGACAGCACGCCACCUGUGAAGGCGCAGACGAUCGACGAGCUCCACUCGCUGCAGAAGAAGAAGUCGGCGCCCACCACCCCGAUCAAGGGCACUCAAGGUGGUGCCUUUGCCAUCACGCUUUCUGAAGUGGAGCGACAGAAGCAGCAGCUCCAGUCCAUCAGUGCAUCUUUGGCUUCGCUGACGAGAGAGACUGGGCCGAAGGUGGUGAGAGGAGACCCGGCUAAGCAGUCUGAGACGCCCAAGGUUUCGUCGCACGUGUCGCACCAUCACCAUUUCACUCCCACCAUCAGCGUCAGUGACAGUGCCUUGAAGUUCACACAUGUCCUCUACAACCUCUCUCCAGCUGAGUUAUAUGAGCAGGCCAUAAAGUAUGAGAAGGGGUCGUUCAUUACGUCAACAGGCGCAUUAGCAACUCUUUCUGGAGCCAAGACUGGUCGGUCUCCAAGAGAUAAGCGCGUUGUCAAGGAUGACACCACUGAGGAUGAGCUUUGGUGGGGAAGGGGCUCACCCAACAUUGAAAUGGAUGAGCACACCUUCAUGGUCAACAGAGAAAGAGCUGUGGAUUACUUGAAUUCUUUGGACAAGGUCUUUGUGAACGAUCAAUUCUUGAACUGGGAUCCAGAAAACAGAAUCAAAGUGAGGAUCGUCUCUGCCAGGGCUUAUCACUCACUGUUCAUGCACAACAUGUGCAUCCGACCCACUCCUGAAGAGCUGGAGAAUUUCGGUACUCCGGACUUCACUAUAUACAAUGCUGGCCAGUUCCCGUGUAAUCGUUACACACACUACAUGACAUCCUCCACUAGCAUAGAUCUUAAUCUUGCUAGGAGGGAAAUGGUCAUCCUCGGCACCAUGUACGCCGGGGAAAUGAAGAAAGGUCUUUUCAGUGUCAUGCAUUAUCUCAUGCCUAAGCGACAAAUCCUCUCCCUACAUUCUGGCUGCAAUAUGGGGAAAGAUGGAGAUGUUGCUCUCUUCUUUGGAUUGUCAGGUACUGGAAAGACGACUCUAUCUACAGAUCACAACAGGUACUUAAUCGGAGAUGAUGAACACUGUUGGACUGAGAAUGGUGUGUCAAAUAUUGAAGGCGGUUGCUAUGCCAAGUGCAUAGACCUCUCAAGAGAGAAAGAGCCUGACAUUUGGAAUGCCAUCAAGUUUGGUGCUGUGUUGGAAAAUAUCGUCUUUGAUGAGCAUACACGAGAGGUGGACUACAGUGAUAAAUCUGUUACAGAGAAUACUCGUGCCGCCUACCCCAUUGAGUACAUUCCCAACGCAAAGAUACCAUGCGUCGGUCCACAUCCAAAGAAUGUCAUCCUUUUGGCAUGUGAUGCAUUUGGUGUGCUCCCCCCUGUGAGCAAGUUAAACCUGGCACAGACCAUGUACCACUUCAUCAGUGGCUACACUGCCCUUGUUGCUGGAACUGAAGAUGGUAUAAAGGAGCCGACGGCAACGUUCUCAGCUUGUUUUGGUGCAGCAUUUAUAAUGUUACAUCCUACCAAGUAUGCAGCAAUGCUGGCUGAUAAGAUGCUGAGGCAUGGUGCAACAGGAUGGUUGGUCAACACUGGGUGGUCAGGUGGAAGCUAUGGAUCAGGAAAGCGCAUUAAGCUACCCUACACCCGGAAAAUCAUUGAUGCCAUCCACGAUGGCAGCCUCUUAAACGCGAAGUACAAGAAGACUGAAGUGUUUGGACUUGAGAUCCCCACCGAGGUUGAGGGAGUGCCUUCGGAAAUACUGGAUCCAGUGAACACCUGGUCAGACAAGAAUGCACACAAUGAAACACUGCUGAAGCUGGCUGGCCUCUUCAAGAGGAACUUUGAGACCUUCACAAACUACAAGAUUGGAAAGGACAACAAGCUGACUGAAGAGAUACUUGCAGCUGGUCCAAAUUUCUGAAACCUUGGCAGAACAAGAAAAACUGGAAACUAGUUCUAGGGAAGUUGGAGGGUCCAUGCAAUGAAAUAAGAAUUGGAUAGAUUUGAGUUGCAGUCAUUGUUCUUAGAUUUGCAAAAUGGUUCUUGUACUUUGAAGUCCUAUUCUAAUAUAAUCAAGGAGGUAGAUGCUCCAUUUAUUCCCUCUCA